UGAUACACAAGAAGAGGAGUAGUGGUGUUGCAAACAGAAGCUGAACUUGUACCUAGCAACGCUGGUAGAACAAUGGGGACAAUGGAAACUCGAGAGUCUGUUCGCAAGCGAGACCGUGGAGGAGAUGGGGGUGGUGAGGAGGAACGCAGUCGUCUACGGCCAAGCACAGACAAAGAUGAGAGGGGGGUGCAUUGGGCAAGAUUUCGGAGCAAAGGACGUGAGCAUCAGAGAGAUUGCGAUGUUCUUUGCAUUGGAGCUGUAGGACAGGAAGCUGUAGCAGUAAAAACUGAAGUAGGGGGAAUUACAGUUAGGGAAACUGUUGUACUGAAUACUGUAGUAGUGGAAAUUGUAGCAGUGUCUGCAGCAGCGGAAACUGGAGCAGUGGAAACUAGAGCAAUGAAAACUGCAGCAGUGGACACUGCAGCAGUGGGAACCGCAGCAGUGGACACUGUAGCAGUGGAAACUGGAACAGUGGAAACUGCAGCAGUUGAAACCGCAAGAGUGGAGACUCCAACAGUGGAAACUGCAGGAGUGAAGACUGCAACAGUGGAAACUGCGGUAGCAGCAAAUGACACUGUUGCUAUUCCGCAAGCGUCGGAGGAUGUGAAUUGUCCUCGAUGUCAGCAGGGUUUCGUCGAAGAGGUGGAGGCGGGCCAUGCGCGGCACACGCCGCCGACGGGCCGCCCAGACGGGGGGGGGAUUUUUGGUCCUUUUUUCGGGGCUCCCCUGGGGGGGGGUGGCGUGGAGGUGACGGUCAGCUCUACCGGCGGAGCUGACUUGUCGGAGGUGGGCGGACCAGGUGGAGGUGGUGGUUCCGCCUCCUCCGGCGCAACUCCAGCCGGAAGCAGCGGCUCUGGAUCCGCUGAACCCAGUCCUUCGGGCGCUGGGGGAUCGGAGUUUGGCGCCACGGCGGGCGGCCCGGCGCAUCGUCAUCAUCAGACCUAUACCGUGCGCGGCAAUCAGUCCGCCAUGCAGAUGCUCGAGGCCGUCCAUCAGAUGUUCCUGCAAAUGAAUCGCGGAGCCGCAGCAGGCGGCCUGGCCCCGCGCAAUCCUUCCGCCUUCGCGCCCGGCCUAUCUCCCUUCAUAGAUGACGCCAGCCUGUUCCUUGGUCCAGGAAUGCUACCAGGUGCGGGGAUCGUAGCGGGGGCAGGACCAGGAGCAGGAGCAGCGGUAGCAGGAGGGGCAGCAGGAGGGAUGGACGGUGGUGCUGCCUUUCCAGGAAACCCUCACAUGUAUCUGCAGGCUUUUCUGGGAAAUCCCUUGGAAUUGGUCUUCGACAAUACCGCGGGUGUAGUGGGUGGUCGUCGAUUGGGCGGGAACAUCGGCGACUACUUCAUUGGACCUGGUCUGGAGCAGCUCAUCCAGCAUCUGGCGGAGAAUGACCCUAAUCGGUACGGCACGCCCCCAGCGUCUCGCAAAGCGGUGGAGGAGCUUAAAAAAGUGACCAUUACCAAGGAGCGGCUAGACGAUGAUGAUGGCGGCGCCGUGUGCGCCGUAUGCAAGGAUGCCUUCGAAAUGGGCUCGGAGGUGAGGGAGAUGCCUUGUCGCCACCUAUACCAUGAUGAUUGCAUCAUGCCCUGGCUCAGGGAUCACAACUCUUGUCCCGUCUGCAGGUACGAGCUCGAGACGGACGAUCCCGAGUACAAUAGGACGAGGUUGGGGACUGCAGGGGGAGCGAGGCAUCAGCACGUGAACAAUAAUAGUAGGGUGGGAGCGGCGGCUGGCGGUGGCGGCGGCAGUGGCGGCGGCGGAGGGGUGGGAAUUGGAAUUGGGGCCCCACACGGUGGAGGGGGGGGUACCCUUAGGUUUCGUGUGGGACGAAGUGGACCUGGGAGAGUGGUGAACGUUGUGGGAGGAGUGGGAGGGGUGGCAGGUAGCGGGAGCGGGGUCGGAGGCUUGUGGGGGGAGACGGAGUCUACGCGGGCGGGAAGUGGGGGAGGUCGGGGUUCGACCGUAGCUGCUGCCGCUGGUGAAGGAAGCUCCGCGGGUACCGGCGGCGCGGCUACGGAUGUGUCUACCUCUGCAGGCGCCCCGUCCUCCGCGGGCGACGGAGUCGAUGGCUCCCUUGGUUCUGGGUCGGCACCCAGGUCUGCGCCUAGGGUCGGUGGCGGAGGAUGGACAAGCGCCAUAUUCAACCUCUUUGGAGGAGCUCUCGGAGGUUCGUCAGAGGAGUCCGCCUCCGCUGUGCCCGUGGGCGGCGGAAGCGGCUCUUCUGGCGACAUAGGCCGGACGGCAGGAGAGAUAGGGAUAAGGGGUGGUGUGGCGGGAACAGCACCGCCUUCGGCGGCGGCGGCGGCGGCGGCGGGGGCUUCUGGUCUUCCUUCUGACGAACUGCGCGCAACUGGAGCGGCCUCCUCAAUGGAACGAAAUCGAACCAGUGGUUCCCGCGAGGACGCAGAUGGAGCUGGUCUAGGAAGGAGAGUGGGCGGGGGGAGGGGGCGGGGGGGGAGCGGUGACGUGGACGCUGGGGGAGACACCAGAAUGAGGGACGUGGGACCGGAUUGAUGAUGAUGUUCGGUCGACCGAUCUGUCGAUUGCCGAUUGAUUGAUUGAUUGGUUGGUUGUUUUCUUGCACGCUCUCGUGGGAUGAACGAGUUGGAUUGGUGGUUAAAAUUCGUUUGACGAGUAGGAGAAAAGUCCCUUUUUCUGUUGUUUUCUUAGAUCGUUCAACGGGACCAGUCCAGAGCGACGAAAGGACCGAGCGGUGUGAAGGACGACUGCAGGGUGCAUGAUGGCUCAAAGGAGUCACAGAUUCAACGGUCAUUGUCCUGUCUGCACUGUGUGUGUGUGUGUGUGUGUGUGUGUGUGUGUGUGUGUGUGUGUGUGUGUGUGUGUGAGAGAGAGAGAGAGAGACAGCAAGGGGCGGCUACUUCUUGAGGCGAUUAUUGAUCGGCUUCGGGCUGAUGUCACGGAUACGUCCGAUCUUGAGUGUGGAGUAGGAAGUUGGGAGUGUGAUGCAGGUUGCUUGCUGGAAAGCUGUGAACACGCUGUCGGUGGAGUGUCUUCCUUCAUUACCGGUGGGAGGUGAGGUACGUCAAGUGUUCAAGCCUUGGACGUCGUCUUAAGACUCGAUUGGAACGCGCGAGCGGUCGUGGAUGGAAGGAGAACAUUCAAGGGUGGGGCCCGAGGCGAAGGGUAUGAUGGUAUGAUGGUUGUUCCCGAGCAACGAUAAGAGGGGUCCCACCUGCGACACCCUUCAGGGGUUGGAUACUUGUGUUAAACGAGAAGAGGCCUGUCCCACCUGCGCCUUCCACGUCCCUUGAUUUGUGAUGCGAAGCCAGUCGUACGAUCACUCUCAUUGCACGACGACGCGCCCGACGGCAAACUGCCGACCGUCCGGAUAUCCUUUGACAUCAAACCCUGGAGUUUUAAAACCGAUGGUUGGGAAUGGUUACUAGGAACACGGCCAGGUUCAACCACGCCUUUGGUAUUGGGUUAUGUACGAGGGGCAGGAUCGUCUUCGAGGGGAGGGUCUAACGGGGAAAAGGCUGGAGAGGGAAGCCGGGUUGCUCUGCGGGUUGAUGGCACUCGUGUGUUUUGACCCCCCGGCGGUACCCCGCGAUAAGGAGGGUGCACUGCUGCUUUGGCAAUCGCCGCCACGUGUCAGUCGGUCGCUCGUUGAGCUGGUUCUUCUAUUGGUUUGACAGUUGAUAGGCAAUGAAAAAGGCACGGUAUUUCUUUUCUCUUCGUUUUCACUUUAUUUUUAUUUGUUUUUCUGUUUGCCCGGUCGAAGUAAGAUUUGUGUUUGCUGGUAAUGAAUGAGUCGCCUAGGCAAAUGAUGAUGACAUGGGUUUCAGUGGGUGUGUUUCAUGAAGAAGCCAGGUGGUCAAAGUCAACCCGAUCGGUGAGGUCUUUGUUUUUGUUUUGUCUCGUGUCGUGUUUGGGAGGGAGGAGGAGAUGGGAGAGGACAGAUCAGGAAAAUAAGCGGAGCCUAUUUCCCCUGACUCGUGCUUCGCGCAGCCUCCAAAAAAACCGACUUGUGCAGUCAGCUGAUAAUACUCUCCUUAUCUCGGAGUUUGGGGGGGCAGGGGAGAGAGAGAGAGAGAGAGAGAGAGAAGGAUUCGUUCCUCGGGUAUUGGAAUGGAGAGCUGGGAGGAGGAAAGGGUGAUAGAGAAAGAGGUGUUUUUUUUUCUUUUGGUUCUUGACGUCCGACAUGUGUGGGUGACUUGAACUCAGGGGUUUCUCAGUCAGAAGCGGCGCAAGUUGGGGUGUCAGACUGAGGCACCCCUGAGUUCAAGACCGGUGUCUCAGUCAGAGGGAGGCACAAGAGGGGGUGUCAGACUUGAACUCGGUGGUGUUUCAGUCAGAGGAGGCACAAGUGGGGGUGUCAGACUGAGGCAGGCGCAAGUGGGGGUGUCAGACUGAGGCAGGCGCAAGUGGGGGUGUCAGAUUGAGGCAGGCGCAAGUGGGGGUGUCAGACUGAGGCAGGCGCAAGUGGGGGUGUCAGACUGAGGCAGGUGCAAGUGGGGGUGUCAGACUGAAGCAGGCCCAAGUGGGGGUGUCAGACUGAAGCAGGCGCAAGUGCGGGUGUCAGACUGAGCCCCCCCCCUUGAGUUCAAGACUGGUGUCUCAGUCAGGAGGAGGUACAAGAUGGGGUGUUAGACUUGAACUCGGCGGUGUUUCAGUAAGAGGGAGGCACUACUGGGGGUGUCAGACUGAGACAUGCGCAAGUGGGGGUGUCAGACUGAGGCACCCCUGAGUUCAGAACCGGUGUCUCAGUCAGAGGGAGGCACAAGAGGGGGAAUUAGACUUGAACUCGGCGGUGUUUCAGUCAGAGGCGGCACAAGUGGGGGUGUCAGACUGAGGCAGCCCAGGCGUGCGAAACCGAAGUAGGGUGCUCAAGGGGUGUAGCAGGUUGCUGCAAACACAAGUGGGGUGUCAGACUGAGGCAGCCCAGGCUUGCGAAACCGAAGUAGGGUGCUCAAGGGGUGUAGCAGGUUGCUGCAAACAUAAGUGCGGGUGUCAGACUGAGGCAGUCUAGGCGUGCGAAACCGAAGUAGGGUGCUCAAGGGGUGUAGCAGGUUGCUGCAAACAGAGCGGGGCAGCAUGAUAGUGUCGAAUCACUGGUCGUUAUUGUCUUUGCGCACUACUGCUUUGUUUGCUGGCACCGUCGAAUUCCACGCUGUUGGCGGUAACCUGCAAUAGCAAAGGAGGAUAGAGGAGCUAUAGCAAAGGAGGAUAGAGGAGCUAUUGGGGACUUACCUAAUCAGGUGGCAACGCACUGCAGCUUGCCGCGUCAAGCUAUAGCAAAGGAGGAUAGAGCAUUUUGCGGAGUCAAGCUUGGAAUGGAUUUGGAGGCUGAUGGGGGAAUGGAUGGAUGGAUGGAUCAGGGUAGCGGGGUUAGCAGACGUAGGAGGUAGGAGGGGUUUUAGCAGUUAAAGAAGUG